UGAGAGCAGGGAGGCGGAAAUAAUCGAGACACACCUUUUGGAGAACCUCUCACUGUAAAGACCGAAUGACAGGCUGGGAGAGGCAAUUAAGUAGUUGUAGUGUCUUUACACGCGGCCACCAGAGGACGUGUAGUUCGCCUGGCAGUGCCCAGUGGUUUCAAGGCAGGCGUAAAGCAAGGGGGCAUCUACGGCAAGACUGGAUGCUGGCCCUGGUGCAUAAUCAUCAUGUCUUUUCCCGAUUACUCCUCUUCCCAGUCACCAGGCACCAGGACCGCCAACAAAGACCCCGGUGUGGCAUUCACAGAAACGGCUGCUGUGGCGGCCAUAGCGGCGUUUCUGGUGGUGGUGUUGGUAGUAUUGGUGCUGGCGUACGUCAUCCAGCGGCUGCUCAAGUGUCGCCGCUUUCAGGUGGGCAGAGUGGUGGCAGAGCCGUUUUCCCGGCGAGCCAGGGGACGAUGCGGCCAAGGACUACAGGAGAUCCGUAGCCGCCGCAUCAGUCUGGCCACCCCCAUCGCGGCGUUCCACGAAGCCAUCCGCUGUCGCACGCCCCCGCCCCGUUACUCAGAUGUGGCCGGCUCCCUGCCGUCCUACAGCUCGGCGUUCAAAGACUCGAGUGGUGCCCUGGGCGGAGGAGCGCUGCAGGGCGCUGACGAUCCUGUCUUUCUCUCGCCAGGGACAAUUCCUCCUCCUCCGCCGCCGCCGCCGCCUUCGCAAGGAUUGUAUCGCCACCGCCUCUGACCACACUUACAUUUAUUUGUCAUUUAUUUUGUAUUUUUCUUUUUAUCUUAGUGUGAGUAUUUCAAUAAUAUAAUCAGCACCGUCGUCGUAAA